AUAGGCGUGCGUCAGUCUAGACUGUAAACACAGUUGCUCCAGCUGCAGCUUCCUCACUUCUACUUUAUCUCGUUAGCUAGCAGCAUGUGCUAACGCUUUAUAUUUCACUCGUAAACUCUUUCCAGUCGUCGCUGCACAGUUUAUUUUAGUGUUUAAUCCCAGAAGCUAUCGGGUUUUUUUAUUAAUUCUUUUUUGGGGGACUUUACAAGACCGCGUCGAAUUGCUGCCAUAAAGCUAAUCUUAGCGCGGAGGCUAGUUUCAGCGAGUCGCUUCAUCUUCGGGGGAUGAGUCGCUGCAGUAUUUUUUAAAAGCUCGUCCCGCUCCGCUGCUGCCGACAUGGUUCUUACCUUGGUGCGCCUCUGUGCCCGGGAGGUGGUGAGCGACCACAGCUCGUCGCCCGGCUGGUUGAGGUGGGUGCCCAGCGAGCUGUUCGCGCCGCUGCUGGAGGCCGCCUUCUCCAGCUGCAGACCGCUGGCUGUCGGGGAGCUGGUGCAACGGUGGCCCGAGAGGAGCCUGCGUGUCGGAGGGCGCAGGAGACAAGGGCAGACUUCGCCCAACCGACUCUGCAUCCAGGCGCUGUUACUCGCAGUUGUCAGAGGACUCUCGGACCGAAGAUGUGCUCUGCAGAUACUGGACCUCUGUGGGCUCCAAGGAGAUGAAGGAGGGAUGGGAGACCCAAUGGGGGGCUGGUCCCUGACUGUUGCUCUCUGCACCAUGGUGGUUCAGGCCAGAGCUGCAGCACAGAGGCAACAGAGGAGAGAAGGAGAACAGGAGAGAAAAAGGUUCUCAGCCAUGGAGAGAGAAGAGGAUAUAAAAAGAGAGAGGGGACAGUGGAAGAAGGGAAAAGAACCUGAUGGAGAUGAGGAAAGCAGUGACACAGAGAGGAUGACAUUGUCGGGGAGUGUAGGUGAUGAGGAGAUUAAGGGAGUCAGGAGGAGGAUGGAGACAGAGAGGCAAAGAGACAGCAUAUUGGCAGGGUUAGGAAGCAACAAAAAGGAAAAUGAGGCAAAAGACGUAGGAAUUAAUGUGUUGGUGCAUGUGCGAGCUGAUCUCUUCGUCAAUGCACGAUCUUGGGAGCGUGUUCGUGGGGCCCUCAACACAUCAGGACCCCUGAAGCUUCAGUGCAGGUACCUUCGGGUGGAGGAAAUCACCGUGUCAAGUAUCAGGACUCUGCUCGACCUCCUGCCUCACCAGGGUCUCCUGGGCGUCGAUGUUCGCUACAGCAGCCUCGGAGUGGCUGGUUUGGCUGAGCUGCUGCCUCUGCUCUCCACAUUCCCUGCGCUGCACUCACUUCGGCUGCACUACUGUAACUUAGACUUUCGUCGCGACCACCCUGGCCAAGAAGAGGCCCUGAGGGACUUGUCACAGGGUUUGGCACAACUGCAAGAGCUGCGACGCCUCAGCCUCACAGCACUGCGUCUGCCAGGACAACUUCGUGUGCUGCUCAGCUCUCUGCCUCAGCCUCUGACGAUCCUGGAGCUUCCAUAUUUGAGCCUGACCCCGGCUGACCUCGCCUAUCUGUCCUGCAGCCACCAUGCCUCCACACUGCAGCAGCUUGAUCUGAGUGAGAACCGUCUGGAUGAAACCACCCUGCCCUCUAUUCGCCGCCUCCUCUCUCAGACCUCCAGCAGCCUACAGCACCUCUCUUUAAGUGGCUGUGGCCUGACUGAUGGCCUGCUGGGACUCCUACUGCCCUCACUGGGAGGCUGCAGGGCCCUCAAGAGUUUAGCUUUAGCCCUGAACCCGCUCUCCAUAUCUGGUCUCACGGACCUGGUGAGGAUGGCUGUGCGAAUGCCGUCCCUCCGUCAGUUACUGUACCCUAACCCCCUGGAGGACUACCAGCCGGGCCUCCCUGACCUGCCCUCCAGUGCUCAGCUCUUAGACUGGCCACUGGAUGAAAGGACAGACAUCAGUAUGACCAGCAGCCAUCUCAAUAGGGUGGUAAAAGACAGUGGGCGCUCUGACCUCUCUCUGACCUGUGACCUGCUCAAUUAUGACAAAGACUUGGUGGACUAGAGCAGAAGUCAGGGGACGCUCACUCACCAGCAUAAAAGACCAAUUUACAUAAGUGAAUAAUUACAAGAAUACCAUUCUUUUCCGAGGCCCAAUAAUCUCCAAAUUAACAGGUUUGUUCUUGUUGGAAUAGUGAUCGUCAGAUGGAUCCAAAGAUUACAGCAACAUUUAAAAUGUAUAUUGUUUCCUCUUUAGGAACGGACCGAUUUAAAGAUGGAGAUGACACUGCACAUGAGUUUGUGCCAGAAAAAAGAAUAACUUGUUACUUUUGGAUGAUGUUUAACUUCUGCCUCAUCGAAGGUUACAGCCUUGUGCCUUUAACAUCAUUUGCCGACAUUGUUGUGUGUAUAAAUCAUUUUCUCUAAAUGGUAGAUGAAUGUAACAUUAAGAUAUUCUUAGGUUUAAUUUACCUGGUGUUUAUUGUUUUUAUCUGCUUUAUUCACUAAUUCGUGUACUCUUGCCUUUCUGCUGUUCAAUAUAUUCCAUGCUGCAAUUUCUUCACUAUCUGUUUAAAAACAUUCAGUGCUUUUUGUAUUAAUUUCACUUGUAUAUUGAGUCAAACAGUGUCACUAUUAUCAGUAAGUGAAUUUACCAAAUUGACCUUGUAUCACGUGAAUAGAUUUACAGGCUGUAAGUUACUGAAUAAAUCAGUCAAAGCAAAGUUUCAAGAGUCAGUUGA